GGAAUGGAAGGAGCGUUGUCACGGGCUGUUGCAGCUGCAGCUCGUUAUGCAGCCGACUCCAGCAUUGAAAACACCGUUCUCUUCGAAGAGUGUUUAAAGACCCUCAUUCGUCACCUGGAUGGAGUAGAAGUCAUCGGCAGAUUAUCACUUUCCAAUCAGUUUCUUCACGAGUUACUCGGAUACAGCCCACAUAUUCUCGCAGCCAACACAUCAAGUGCUCCUACAAGGUCAAAGCUUCUACGGCUACUCUUCAGCUUAGCCCUUUACAAUGUCAGAAUAAGAAGGCAUCUUAGUGGUGAUCUUCAUUUAUGUGGGCCUAUUUUUGAAUGCCUAAAGAUGUCACUGAAAGAGCAACUGGGACCACAAAAUUUGAUAGACAUACUCAGGUUGCUACAGGUAAUCUUUUCCUACAUUUCAAACUUUUUGUUUACUUCCACUAGAAAUGACGAAAUGGAGUGGAUGCCGUAUUGUAUAGCAAUUUUGUGUAAUCUUGCUAGACGAUCGAAGUCGGUGUGCUGUAGGAUCAAGAAAUCGUCAUCGUACAAGGCAUUCUCGCGGCGUGUCAUCAAAUUGUUGUCGCAUGAUUCACGCAUUGUAGUCGUUUCAUCGCUUGUGCUAGUUGGAUACCUUGAAGAGAAAGUUCGAGAUAUGGUCUAUUGUCCUCAGAACAUCCACGAAACAUUCCAAUGCGUAUUCAACGUUUUAAUAAUGGGCGACAGUGAAUGUUUGAUGACACGUCAUGUUGCCUCAGAUCUGCUCCGGAGGCUAGUUGUGUCGGAAACCCAAACGGUAUCAUCUGUCCCAGUGAUAACUUCCACUGGGAAAGAUGUGAUGAAUUAUCCGUUUUUCAAUAGAUGUAUCCAACAAACUGCAGAGCUGCUUAUAACGCUCGAUCCUCGGCUUGAAGAGACUCUUAAGGUGUACGAGGUGUUGCUGGCAUUCUGCUCACUUCCGCAGCUUUGUUCCCCUGUUUGCUCGGCCGUGCUGGGUUGCCUUGCAACUGAGGCCCGCUUAACAACACCAUUACUCGCUAUUGCUGCUACUGUUUCUAUCCCCAUUGAAAAUGCUGUCCAACCUGAAAUCUCUUUGAAAGCUCUUCGAUUACUGACUUUCUUGGUGAAGGUAAUUACCUAUUUUCACAAUUUAAGGACUCGUAACUUAUCGUUCGGCAUGGUCAGACUGUUUAUUUCCUUGACAACUUUUUCAUUCGUGUACCAAUGUAGACGUAUUACGGAAGUGUGUAGCGCGGAUGAAGACCUUCGAAAUGGUCUAUUGGAAGUUACAACUGCAGCUCUAUGUAAUCCUUUUGGGGUUUUGUGGGAGGAAGUUCAUGGAGUAGCAGUGGUAUUGGAGUUAUUACGGUUGCUCGCUGCACUUAAAGACUUUUCUAAAUUGCAUAAAGAUCAGUACUGGAGGUCAUUGAAAGAUCCACGACUAGUAUCUUUUCUUGCUUAUGCGUUGUCCUAUGGAGACCAUGAAAUGGUGCAUAACGCUUUGGUUAUUUAUACUCACUGCUCACAACUGCAAGCUUUUCCUAGCCGAUGGUUAGUUCUUAUGUUCAAAAGCGUUACAGGUAUCAUAUUCCAAUUUCUUUCAGUGCAGAAUUUUCCUGCAGUUCUUAGUAUCUGCUAA